UCACAAAUAGGUUAUGUUUUGUUUACUUUCCUGUCAUAAAAACGAACCGUUUCUUAAUUUAUUCAAACUAUAUAGAUAUAAGUAAUUCAGAAUUUUUUAUAUAAAGGCAUAUUUUAAAAGAGGCCCAAAUUCAAUGCCAGUGUAAAGUAGUGUUUAUAGAAAUAUUAAGUAAACAAGUACAUUUAAAAGAAAAAAUGAGCUCUGCGGAAACUACUGAGAGUAGCGAGGACGAAUAUAAUCCCACUUUUCGAGAAAAAGAGCACCGUACAGCUAGAAAAUCUACAGCCCCUCAACCACCCACCCAAAUGUACAUAACUCGAAGACAAGCAGCUAGAAAUGCCACUAAAGCCCUCCGAGCGACGUCGGACCGUUUCAUGGCCAAUUUCAAUCCAGAGACUAGUGUUCGGGAGAAAAGGAAACUCAACAGGAAGAUAAACCCUCCCAGCAAUGUCCGUAGACCUGCAGGAGCCAUCUAUGACGAGAAUGGCAUCCACAUCACCACUCUAACAGAUUUAUGUGACUGUCUCAAUGAGGACUGUUUGGGGUGCUUCUUUGAAUGCCCGAAAUGUGGAUCGCAAAAAUGUGGUACGGAAUGCAGGGUUCAUCGAAAAUAUCUUGUUGAUCAAAUCGAGUACCAUGGAUAUGACAAUGCCAUUAAAAAUCCUUUACUUAAGCAUUAGUUUUUUAACAUACUGCUCUUAUAUUCAUAAUCAAUUAUUUUGUGUUUACUUUAUUCUGAACAUUUUUUAUUUUAUAUUUAAAUAAAUUAUGAUCAAAGGUUGUUUGUGUCAGUUUGAGCUAUUUGUUAACCUUAUUCAUUCAAGUUGAUAAAUCAAAAUUUUCAGUGAUAUACUCUAAAAAAUGAUUCAGUGAAUAUCUUAUAUGAAAUAUUUUGUGUAACAAAAUGUACAGGCAUGAAAUAAGACUCACAUUUAAAUAAAAAUGUUACUUUUAACACUCGAUCAUAUCUCAGAAAUUGGAUUUCGUUUAUUACUAUGGAUCACAUACUUGUAAGUAUAAUAAAAUUUUACUUCAUUA